ACGGUCAAUAUACGUAUUUAUUCUAUUAUAAUUUCUAUAGAAUGAGUUUAUCAACAAUAUCUGGGGCUUACUCUUAUUUAUCAUCAGUACAGGCUUUCUUUGUAUAAAAAUAUUCGGUUUUCUCUCAAAUCGGUGUGAGACGGCAUACAUUGUAAGAUCAUAUUUUUGAAGUGAAACUUCUUUAGGCGCGUUGAGAGUAAAAUUUAACUCGCGACAGAUUCGUUACGGCUAGAGUGAAAAGAUACAAUUUAGGACGAGCGAGAGUGAGAAAAUAGACUGAGCGUCUCGCGAACCGCUCGACCAUGGGAAAACGAGCUAGGUCGCUUCUCUUAUACACAUUCUGGUUGCGGACGUCGGCUACUAGAUGGCUUGUUAUUAGUUUUUAAAAAAAAAAUAUUUUUUUUUAUAUAAUAAUUUAAAAUAUCUAUAAAUGGUGAAGUGGUCGUUUCUCUUAUACACAGCAUUCCCUAUUACAAGAGAAAUUUGAUUUAAAGAUAAAAAAUGAAGAAGACCACAACACUAAAUACCGCAAAAGAAGUUUCACUUCUUUCACGUGCACGUGCACCAAGUUGUACGCGCAACAUUCUUACUUUUAAAGCUAUUUAGAAUUUCACACAAAAACACAAAUAUCUAAUUGCUUAUUUGAAGAAUCAAUAUUUUCUAUAAUAUUUCUUUAAUAUUUAACAUAAUACUUAAUAUCAAUGUUCCGAGACAGCCUUUGUGUAAUACACGCGAUGUUGACAUUGUUAAGAAUGAUUGGAACCCACUUACUACCACUUGAGCCGUGAAGUUGUCAUUCAAAAGAAAUAUAUAUUAAUAUGAAGUGGUUUCAAAUUUCAAUCAUGAUUAGGUAUCACAUGAAAAUUUCGAAAAUACCAACCAUUUUUUUCGUAAUCCAACAAAUACGACCCAAACUUCUAAGCUACAAUUCAGAAGUAUUUCUGAACUUUCAUUCUGCAAUGCUUCAUCAUAUCAAACUGACAAUUGCGAACAUGCAAUCUGUCGAGCCCUCUCACAUUGAAUUGUCAAAUAUUAGCAAAAAUAUGAUGGAUUGGCUAUUUAUUCUUUCCUCCCGAAAGUGGAUUAACCAAACCAAUUUUAAGGCACCUAGAUUAGACCCCAUCUGUCCUGGUAAAAUUCGAAAGGCCUCCGGGCCACCAGUAAUCAUUCCUUCAUAAAAAAACCUAGAUUGGACAUUCUGUUUUUGCUUUCGAAGGCAGAUUGUAAUUGAUCGUGCAAUCGACGCGAAUACUGGUGCUUUGUUUAUUUAAAGCUAAUUAUUUAUAGGUAAACAGUUUUGUCGUAUAAAGGCACACAGGAAUGCCUGAAAUGUAAAAAAAUAACAUCAAAAACAAUUCGCUUGAAAAACGCCACGCCCCAACACUAAAAGUACGUUUAAAAAAGGAAUGGAGAACGUAAAUAAGAUUAAACGAUGUUUUUUGGUUUUGUUUUGAAACAUCUCCCGGGCGCGAUGCAGCGCAGUCCAAGUCACGUGUUCGGAGCGAGGAUGAUAACAGGGCGUGUUUGUUCAGCGCCCCCGAGGUACCCUGGUCCCGUCGGAGUGUUCACAACGAGUGCCUGUACCAACACUACCAACCGGCCAGUAGUGGCAGGCAGUACACGGUGGAGCGAACACGCCGCGACUCGCCGUCGACUAAAAAUAACCGCGUUCCUUUCAGUACCGCCGCAGAUACCGCGCGCGUCGCUCGUUGCGUCCGCGACACGUAACCAUGGCGGAGACUAUCGAGGAGUCGUACGAGACCGCGGUCACCCGCAAGGUGGUCCGCACCAGCCUCAAGAUAGAGGAGAAAUCAUCCUCAACAAAGACUACAACUAUGACGACCCCGGCCAAAUUGUACGGGCGGGAGUUGUCUACAUACGACGAAGUGGACGUGGACGAGCUCCUGUCCAAGCUCACUCAAGAAGAACUGACCAUGCUGGCAAAGGAGGUUGAUCCUGACGACAAUUUCCUUCCACCGUCACAGCGUAACAACUACGCUUGCGAGAAGGAUCCCACCGGUCCGUUGAAUCGCAAGAAACUGAUAGAGCACAUCAACAAGCAAGCACUGGAGACCCCCGACCGGCCCGAGGUCAAGCCUUUCGUCCCCGGCGUCGUCAGGGGCAAGAAGUGGAUUCCGCCCCCGCCUCCGGAGAAGGUGCGCGACGCCGAGGAACAGAUCACGAUCGAUCUCGGAGAUGAAUACGAACAGGCUCUCGGCACUGCAUCACAGGAGGAGAUCAUUGAUCUUGCGGCCAUCCUCGGAUUCCACUCGAUGAUGAAUCAGGACCAGUAUCACGCGUCGCUUCUGAACAAGGGCCAGCCCGUCGGACUCGGAUGGGACGGCAUCACCAAAGCCACUAAACCCAAGGUAUUCCCAAUGGACCCGCCCAACGAUACGGACCCGGAUGAAACGAUCGCUCGAGUGCAACAAAAUGACCAGAAGCUGACUGAUCUCAAUUGGAAUAAUAUUAAGAACAUAAGCGACGAGAAGUUUGAGAAGCUGUUCGAAGCGCUAAAGAGCAACAGUCACGUGGAGGUGCUGUCGCUGGUGAACGUGGGGCUGACGGACCGCACGGCGGGCGCGCUGGCGGACGCGCUGCGGCACAACACGGCGCUGCGCGUGCUCAGCGUCGAGACCAACUUCAUCUCGCCGCCCGCGCUCGUGCAGCUCGUGCGCGCGCUGCUGCACACCAACACCGUCGAGGAGUUCCGGGCCUCCAACCAGAGAUCGCAAGUUCUCGGUAACAAGAUCGAGAUGGAGAUAACUCAGCUCGUCGAACAGAAUCCGACCCUGCUGCGUCUCGGGCUGCACCUCGAGUACAGCGACGCGAGGCACAGGGUCGCGUCGCAUCUCCAACGGAACAUCGAUAGGAUACGCCAGCAGCGCCGGAGCCAGAAUAGCGCUUAGACACUUAAACUACAAUUAGGCUGUCGCGUGCGUCGCAUUACGCAGUUCACCCGCAGCCGCAGCUACGUCGUGGGCUGGAUCCCGUGAGCGAGCGCCCGUCCCGCAAGCAAGCACGCACCGAACCGCGCACCGUUACCAACUAUAUAUCACCACGUGAUGCCAUGCCUUCAGUAGUCUAUUCUCGUGAGUCUUUGCAUCCCAACUCGAGUAGUCCGGUUCGUAGCAAGCGUUCAGAUGCUAAUUUAAUGUGUGAAAUUUCUCAUCCCCGUUGGGACCUCGGUCCGCGUUCAGAUCGUAGUCCUUAUCCGCAUUCGGCUCGGUUCGCUGUUGGCCCAUCGCUCUGCCGUUUCGGCUUGUGUGAUUGUGUUCCAUACAUUGGAACGAGUCGAUACAUAUUUCGUUAUAACACACAUCAUUAUUCGUCUCCGCAUAAUAAUUAUACAAAGAUGGCGUUAGAUAUUUAAAUGUUUAAUUUUGUAUCAACCAAUCGAAUGCAUUGAUUUUAAAAUGCACUUUAUAUUUAUUGUUUAAAAAAAAAUGUUAAUUAUAAGCAUAAUCGUUGCCUUAAUCGCUUCGUAUGUGUAGCUGCUUAGGUAUAGUCAAAUUAAAUGUAGUUUUAGUUAUGUGCUUGAAAAUAUCUAUACAAUCAUAAAAUUGUAUCGACUCUACCAAGGCACAAUGACAGAAGUCGAAAAGCAGAUUAUAUUUUUAUGUCUGUGUUCUGAAUGUUAGUCGCUGACAAGAAUUGUGGUUCUGUGGUGGAAAUUUUACAGAAAAUGUUGACAAAGAUUACUAGAGAGGCAGGACCGUCGCUAGUUACAAUUGGAUUCAUUUCAAUAAUCAAACAAUUAUCCGGAUUAGAGAAAGUCAUAAUUUUCUUUCAAUAAAACGUGCCGUGAUUUAUUUUAAGAAUAAAACUAUAAUAUAGUGUAUUGUGAAAUUGCCAAUGGUGGUAAUCAAAUUUAAUUAAAUCACUUUGAAUAAUUUGUUUCUAUUAAUUUUUUUCUUUUAGGACAAUUUACUGUAUGUUCUAAUAUGAAUGAAUUGAGAAAAUUGAGAAAUUCUAGUUUUUUAAUUAAAUUAAUUUAUUUGAGAAACCGUUUUCCAUAGAAAAUAAUAAAUUUUCUGUGUCAAUGUCAUCAUUGACAGAUGUAAUGGCGGAAAAAAAAAGUUUAAUUACUUAAUGAUGAACGCCCCAUUUCCGGAACGAAACUACAAUUCUUGCGAAAUGAUAUGAACGAUGUACGUUUUUGAAAAUAUUAAUGUUAUUGUAAUACUUAUACUAGAGUGCUAAUGAAUUAAAAAAAAAGAUAUUAAAAUUGUAAUAUAAUAUUAAAGUAGUUUCACAUUCCAUUAAUGCAAAACACAUUUCUCUUAAAAUAUUUAGAUCGAAUAUUAUUAAUUUUGACUAAUGUUUCGACUGAACGUCUUGCCACCUUAAGAAAUGUUAAUGGAAUUUCUAUUUAUUUACUAAUCGAAUUUGACUAUGAGAGGUGAUCUUUUGCAUCAAUGGAGUUAAUUUUUAACUAAAUUUUUAAUAAAGCACUAGACCUUACGAUUCGCUGUUUCGUAAAAACCUUUUUUAUAUGUGUAGUGAACGAAUAAUGCUAAAAAUAUACGUCUUAUGUCUUAGUGCGCGAGCUCUAUGUUUCGUCUCGCUCACUCUUGUGUUUUACGAUGCGAGUGAGCGAGACAGGUGCGGAGUCAUCUGCGGAUUAGCUUUACUAUAAAUAUUUCUUCACCUUUUGCUUUCUUGAAACAAAAAAAAGCUUACAUAUUUUUUUUUAAAUUUAAUCUUUAUGUAUAUUUGAUUUGUGUCUGAAGAAAGAUGUGUCCAUAACAUUGUGAUAAAUGCAUCAUGAGUCUUAUAUUAAUUUCCAUUUUUAAAACAGUAAAUACAGGAUUUUGAAUUUCGUUCUUACUGUCCAUAAGAGGGAAGAUUGUAAAUGAAUUUAGUAUUUUUUUUUAAAUGUAAAAUUCUUUGUGACUAUUAAAAAACAUAAUGUAUUUUUAUUUUUAACUAUAGAUUUAUUUAUGAGAUUAUGGGUUCAGGAGCAUUUUGAUCCAUCGAUAACUUCGACUUUAGGUUCGGAUGUCCUGUAGUUUGUGACAACUGUAAAAAAAAACUUAAAUAAAGUACAUAAACAAUU